UCAUUAACGUAUGGAGCAUAGGUAGACCAGUCCGUACCAAGGUGGAGGAUUAUUGAUCUCAGGCUUUCACUAGACGAGAAACUGUGUUUCUUCUCUUCAAUCCAUAUUUUCUUUUGUAUUUACUGAAAGUGGUUGGGUGCCCAAGUUCUAGAUUUUUUAAAUUCUCUUAUCUGGAUGCUGGACAGCGUCUCAAGAGGCAGUGAGACUUCUGCUGAGUCACUGAAGAACCCUGUUCACUUCUGUUUUUGGACUUACGCCAUCACGGAGAGGAUCUCUUCAGGCGGAAGAAUGCAAAAACCUGCCUUCAAACCAUCUGUCUAUCUGAACAGGGUUAUAUAUUCUUUUGACAUGUAGAAACAGUGGAAAAGACACAGAAUUCGGAGAGAAACAGGAACUUAUCAAGGAACAAGAUGUACAGCUCACACUGUUUACCUUACCUGGGGGUGUUGAUAGUGGCGGUGGUCGCCGACCAGAUGCUGGAAGACUGUUUGAACCGUAAAUACAUCAUGAAUGUUGUGGUACUAGAGGACAACACUUAUGCGUGGAGUCGACCGUUUGUGCAGGCGGCUGUGGAAAGAGCCAUAGAAGAGGACUGGCAGGAGAACCUUAAGCAUGAUUUAGACUUUAAGAUGACGGCUAACUACAGCGGGUUUGACACCACCAUGUACAACCGACAGGGCUGUGGGAGCAGCACCUGUGAGGGAGUGGCAAUACUCAAGAUGCUGCAUGAUAAUGGUGAUGUUGGAUGUGUUAUGCUGGGGCCUUCCUGCACUUAUGCCACCUUCCAGUUAGUGGAUGAGGAAAUUGGCCUAACCCUGAGCAUUCCCAUCAUUUCUGCUGGGAGUUUCGGCCUCCCAUGUGACUAUAAGUCCAAACUGACCCGAAUUCUGCCUCCGGCACGCAAGAUUUCAGACCUAUUAUUCAACUUUAUGAAGGAAGUUUUGCCAUUUAAGGAAGCUCCUUGGAAGCAUGUCUAUGUCUACAAGAAAACCAUUAACACAACUGAGGACUGCUUCUGGUACAUUAGCGCAUUGCAAGCACCCUCGGCCAACUUUGCCAAAAGGACAGAGAGAGAGAUGCUGCUUGGGGAAGAGGAGAUGAAGGCGAAACUUACCGAUAAAAAAAGACAAAGCAACAUUUUCAUCUUAUGUGGCUGCCUUGACGACAUUGUUACCAUAAAGGAGAAAGCGGGCCCAAUUGAUGAAGACAUCAUGUUCAUUCUCCUGGAUAUUUACAACCCUGAGUAUUAUGUCAACACAACAUCCAGUAAGGGUAUGGAAGAUGUAGUGGUGAUCACUCUGCCACAGAGGAACUACAGCUUUGCAGCACAAUCAUCAUUCAACAACACGAUAAAUGACUAUGUGGCCGGGUAUCAUGAUGGGGCUCUGCUGUUGGGCAAAGUACUCAGAGAGAAAAUUCUCAGUCAGCAAAAUAACAAGGGAUCUUGUAAUGUGCCUCUGAGUGACCACCCUUUUGGAAACGCCUCCUUUUACGGUAUGGGGGGACACUAUGUGCUUGAUGAGUAUGGUGACAGAGAUGUUAACUUCUCUAUGAUUUACACGUCAACUGUCACUGGCAAGUACCAAACCCUGUUAGUGUUUGACACAUCACAAAAUAAAACCAUAAUGACAGACCCAAACCCCGCCCUGCACUGGAAUGGUCAACUGCCUCCUGAUGUGCCAAUAAAUCCACAUGACUUGAAUUUGCAGGAUGUGAUUGUGAUUGUUCUGAGUGUUAGUGUUGUCGUGGUGACAGCCAUCGCUCUCAUCUUCUACAGGCAGAACAGGAAACAGCGCCUUUUGCAGAAGAGGUGGUCUCACAUCAACCCUCAUCUGAUUGGUCCGCUGGAUGAGAAGGAGGUCUCUCUGAAGAUCGAUGAAGAUAAGAGGAAGGACAGCACCUUCUUCAAUCACAGAGGCCGCUAUGACAAGAAGCCUGUAAUCUUGAAAGAGCUGAAGCACACGGACGGAGACUUCACCGAGGACCAGAGGAUUGAGCUCAACACUCUGCUGCAAAUAGAUUACUACAACCUGACCAAGUUCUACGGCACGGUGAAGUUUGAGUACGGAGUGUUUGGGGUGUUUGAGCUCUGUCAGAGGGGGUCCCUCAGGUACAUUCUGAACGACAGGAUCUCCUACCCAGAUGAAACCUUCAUGGACAUGGAGUUUAAGAUAUCAGUCAUGUAUGACAUAGCAAAGGGCAUGUCAUACCUCCACUCCAGUAACAUCGAGGUCCACGGUCGCCUCAAGUCGACCAACUGUGUGGUCGACAACCGCAUGGUGGUCAAGAUCACUGACUUCGGCUGUCACACCAUCCUGAGCCCAGGCAGAGACUUGUGGACGGCCCCAGAGCAUCUUCGUAAAGGUGGGGUGUCUCAAAAAGGCGAUGUCUACAGCUAUGCUAUCAUUGCUCAUGAGAUCGUUAUGAGGUGGACCCCGUUCCACACACAGUGCUGCUCUGAUCCUGCAGAGAAGCUCUACAGAGUGCAGUAUCCCAGUGGGAUGAGCUUCUUCAGACCGGACCUUAACUUUGACGGUGCAUCAGAGAGGGAGGUCGAGCUGUUCACGCUGAUAAAAAACUGUUGGGACGAAGAGCCAGAGCGAAGGCCAGAUUUUAAGAGAAUAGAGUCAUCUUUGCGUAAGAUUUUCAGUAACCUGCAUAACCAAGCCAGUGAGACUUACAUGGACAACCUGAUCCGUCGACUGCAGAUGUACUCCAGGACCCUGGAACAUCUGGUAGAGGAGAGAACCUCUUUGUACAAAGCUGAGAGGGACAGAGCUGAUCGCCUCAACUUUAUGCUACUUCCUGGCCCGGUGGUGAGGUCACUGAAGGAGACGGGCAGAGUGGAACCAGAGCUGUUUGAGGAGGUGACCAUCUAUUUCAGCGACAUUGUGGGAUUCACCACCCUCUGCCACUACAGCACCCCCAUGGAGGUAGUCGACAUGCUCAACGACAUCUACAAGAACUUUGACAGCAUCCUCGACCACCAUGAUGUCUACAAGGUUGAGACAAUAGGAGAUGCGUACAUGGUUGCAUCAGGUUUGCCCAAACGCAACGGGGACCGGCAUGCAGUGGACAUCGCCCACAUGGCCCUUGACAUGCUGGCAUUUGUCGGGACGUUUGAGUUGCUACACCUGCCUGGCAUUCCUCUGUGGAUCCGUAUCGGUGUGCAUUCAGGACCUUGUGCAGCAGGAGUGGUGGGGAACAAGAUGCCUCGCUACUGUCUUUUUGGAGAUACAGUCAACACUGCAUCACGCAUGGAGUCCACGGGCCUGCCUCUGAGACUUCAUGUCAGCCAGUCCACCAUCAACAUCCUACAGAGGACAGACUGCAAGUUUGAGUAUGAAAAAAGAGGAGAGACCUACCUGAAGGGUAAAGGCAAAGAGAUGACAUUCUGGUUGACAGGAGUGACUGGGGGAAAAUACAACCUCCCAACACCACCAACAGCGGAGAACUUCCAGCGGCUACAGCAGGACCUGGCAGAGAUGAUCGUGUCCAGUCUGAAGAAUCGUGAAGAUGGGAGCGAGAGCGACAGCAGCCUGCAGGGGGACAGCUCGCCAGAGUACUUCCACCUGGCUGUUACUGACAUCCCCAGUACCUACCUGUGAUGAGAGAAACUUUCCAUACAAACCUGGCCAUAAAGGUGGAUAUUGCAGCCAUGCGUCAUAGUCUGUGUACCUGUCUGCAGUGACAGUGGAGCAGAGCAGCGAUGGAACAUGCAAUGAUAAAUGUUCCUACCACAGGGUCUCAGUUCUCUCUUUCCCCUUUUGAUGUUUUCCCCCCUCAAUACUCAUCCGUCUGCUACAUACAAUGAACGGUUUAUAAGACUACAUUUUUGUUGGAGGGAAAAUCCUCCUUUAGAUACUUAUUACACAUCACUGAAGAUGUUUGUUGAGUUUUUUUGUGAUGGAAGAAGGGCUAUAAAUAAGCCCCUGCAUAUUGUAUUGUGUGGGGCUUGCAUUUUUUUAAUUUAGAUAACAUCACUGUAGCCAUGUUGUACUCAUUAAAUUUGCUCUGUCAUUCAUGGGAAUAAGAGAGGAACCAAUAGUAAAACUGGCUGUAAGAGUAGCAAACAUUGAUUCACUUGGGGGCGCCAAAGUCUUACAUUUUUACACAAAUAAUGGCAACAACUUGUUCCUGGAACUGUGUUGGGUGGCUUUUUAUUAUAAAAUGCCUUUUGUAAUUUAUAGCAUAAGGCAAUGACAACUCACACAUUGUCAAAACUACAUGGAUUUUAGUAAGAGUCCUGCUUUAAGAUCCAUGAAAAAACCAGAUGGUCAAUU